AUGAAAACAAUUAGUUUCCCUGCAAUAUCAGCAUAAGAACUACUUGUUUUUAUUUUUGAGUUUAGAUCAAGUUAAUGCUUUAUUAGUAUGAUUGGAACCAUUUACACCAUUAAAUUCAGUACUAGAAUUUUUUUCUGUAGCACAAACUCCAUCGCCUUUUGGAUUAUAAGAGCAGUAUCUAAAAGUAUAUUGUCAAAUAUAUUUUUAGAAAAUUGUUACUUGCCUAUACAACUCUAGUGUAGAAAGGCUGAAUAAUAGUUAUAGUUCAAUUAUCAACUCUAACCAUGCAACAAUAUUUGGGAUUCAAUAAUUGUACAAGCUGCUAGAAUGAUAAAUGUUGGAGAAUAAGUUGAAACAAACAAAAUAAUAAUUCUAUCACAUAAAUGA